AUGGGAUGUAAUGAGUCCAGGUGCUGGUCUCGCUCCUGUCCAGACAAACAGAAGGAGGCCGUCAUCGGCAAACAAGGAGAAGAGAGGAAAGCCUUUCUGGAGGACGUGAAGGAGACUGAACGCCUCGUCGGUCCGGAGGAGACGGCAGCUGAUGUCUGCUCACUGGACCUUCCUCCGGUCGGGAAACAGAUCCUGGAUUUAGCUCAGAAGAUGUCGGAGGAUAUCGUUGCUCAGGCGCUGCAGCUCUGCUGGGAGGUGGAGGUCCGAUACAAGGACCUGCCUUUCAUUGACAACGAGUGUGAUUAUGUCAUAUGA